GGAAGUGAAAAGUCUACGUGGGGAAGAAAGGUUGGUCCGACCGCGUUUACACACCAACAGCACCGAUGUCCAAUCCAGGAUAGCUCCGUCCCCGUUUCGAACCACGGUUCCUCCCCGCCCCUCGUAGGCAAAUGGACGCAUUGAGCAGCCGCUGGGCCAUAUAAAUGGGACGGAAAGCCGACGACAGCCUGUAAUGCUGCGCCGGGUGCGGCAGUCAUUCCGGCAGGUGCUGUUUCUGAUGGCCCGGAGACCUGGUCUUCUCUGCGGGACUAUCGUGCUCAGCGUCCUGCUCAUACUGGCUGUUAAGUUCACAUGCAGCCGUGCUAAAAAUGUGGUGGCAGCAGCUCGGCCUCCGGUGCGGUUCUUCUCUGCCGAGGCCCCGGUAGUGGACCUUUAUCUGGGUCAGCUAGACCAGGCAGAGCGUCUCAGGAGUGUUGCAGAAGUUUCUCUCAUCUUCUUCUAUGCACCGUGGUGUGCUCACUCCAUGGCUGCAAGGCAGGAAGUGCAGCAGGUAGCUAAGAAGCUGGCCAAACAGGUGCAGUUUGUGGCCGUUAACUGCUGGUGGAGUCUGGGGAAAUGCAGGAAGCAGAACCGCUUCUAUCAGUACCCGAUCAUCCAUCUGUUCUAUAGAAGGUUUGGGCCCAUAGAGUAUAAGGGUCCAUUCAUGGCUUCUUAUGUUGAAAAUUUUAUUCUCCGAGUCAUCACACCGCUCACUUACCUCCCAUCCCGAGCCACACUUGAGAAGUUCCUCUCCUACCACGAGUCUCGAGUGGUGGGUUUCUUCCAGUUUAACUCCUCUCCUCAGCCGCCGGGAUACAUCACAUAUCUUUCAUCUGCCCUCCAGGCCCUUAAGAGGGAUUUCCGUGGUGCUAUACAUUUCGGGGUCGUGACCAACAAGCAGGUGGCAGAGGCCAUCUCACUAAAAGAAGAUGAAACUGUUUAUCUUUACAGAAGAUUAAACUCCUCUUUGAUUUUCCCUCGAAGGGAACGCAACUUCACAUCAGAGGCCAUCUGUAGCUGGGUGUUUGAACACCAUGAGACCGUCCUCCACUGGCUGCAGCCUCCAGGAACAAAGUCUCGCCUCCUGGAGAAAGAGCUGACUAAAGGUCCGGCUUUGCUGCUGUUCCUGCCGCACAAUCCUCUCGCCUUACAGCCCAGUCCAAUUCUACAGCAGGUUGCAGACAUUGCUGUGCGCUAUCAUUCCUGUGACAACAAUAACCACUCAAGCUUGGACAAAAGUUUCACCUCCCACUCACCAUGCUGCCAGUCGGUUCUUCUCUCAGAAUCCAGCACAAGUGUGUGUGAGGUGUGCCUCAGUUUGUCACGACUGAGUCUGACCGGCACCUCUGCACGCUGCUCGUUCCCUUCAGUGGCUCAGGAAGGAGACUUGUUGCAGCCUUAUCUCAGACACUGCUGUCUGCACCAACUAUCUGCCCCCAUGUCCAUAAAAAGCUCCCUGGCUUGUAGUGACUUUUUGAACAGCUACAGUCCGUUUAGUCGAUACAGUGCCUGCUGCAGAACAGUAGAACCUCAACUCAGCAACGAAUCACAAGCCAAAGAGGAGCCAGACGUGCAAAAAGUUCCCUUCACGCCUCACUCUAUGUCCGUCCCUCCGUCUUCCGUCCCUCUGCAGAACGGAGACAGCAUCACAGGGCUGUGGUGUACGACAAACAGGACGCUCAGGUUUUAUGUGCUUGAUGUCGCUCUGAACUGGCCUCUGGCCGUGAGGCUGGGAGCAACACGCAACAGAAAUGCUUCUCUUCAUCCGGAGGCUGGCGCUCUAGGAGACGGGAGUAAUGACGGGUCGUUUGCUGCGAUUGUGAACCUGAAGGAUGAGGUUCAUUAUGUUCUCCACCGCAGCCCGGCAGCCACUCUGACUGAGUCUUUGGAGGCCUUCAUCAGGAACUUCAGUGCUCCAUACAGCCUCCUGCAGAGACAUUUGGUGGGAGAAGAGGGGGAAACUAGUUAUUCACAACAACAACAACAACAACACCAGCAGCAUUCGUCCAGACCCCUCCUCAUCAAGGAACUGACCACUUCCUCCUUCCUGCCCUCCGUCAUGGACCACCAAAAGGAUGUGCUGCUGUUCUACUACACUCAGUGGUGUGGUUUCUGCUCUGUCCUCAACCACAUCAUCAUCCAGCUGGCCAGAAUAUUACAGGGAAACAGCAGCAUCAUUGUGGCCAGGGUGAAUGUUGCACGUAAUGACCUACCGUGGGAGUUCAUGGUCGAUCACGUUCCCUCCAUCCUCCUCUUUCCCAAGUUCAGGAAACAUUUUAGCGUGAAGUUUCCUGACGACCUUCCCAUCACGUUACCAAACCUCCUGAACUUCCUGCUGCAGCACUCUGGCUCUGACAAACCUGUGACUGCUCCUGGAGAAGCAGACAGUCCAGCAGCAAACACCGUCCUCCGCGCAGAGUUCCUGGCACUCCAGCGAGAGGUUCAAGUGCUUCUUCACGCCCGCGAACGUCUCUCCCAACAGUUGGCGCAGCUAUGGCGCGAAAACCGCCGACUAACAUUCGACGUUCACAGCUUAGAGGCACAGAACGCUGAGCUGCGGCGGGAGAGGCAAAGCCUAGAAGAGCAGCACCGGGAGAAGAGCCGGCUGCUUGGGGAGGCAGUGAGACGUCUGCAGGAGCUGGCAGAGACCUCUGAGAACCUGUUAAAUGAAAACACUCUGCUCAGAGUCCUGCUGAGGGCACUGAAGGACAGGACGGAGGCUAAAGAGCAGGCGGAGGAGGAGAGAAAAGAGGCGGAACAGAAAAGAAGUCGUAUGGCCUCGUGACAUUGAACCUGAAGGGUUCUGAGGUGAUACUGAGAGGAAAGAGGGCCAGGGAGAGAAAGCAGAGCUGAAAUGGAGGAGGAAUAAAAAGCUGCUGUUAGAUCUGUUAUGGAGUGAAAAAGGAGGCCUAUGUAGAAACCAAAGGCCUUAUUAAUAUGUCAAACAGAAAAGUGAGGAAGAGAUGACCGUUUUGAGUCUGUCAGAAGAACAACUGAGACUACUGCUACAUCAGGACACAUGUAAGGAAACAAAUCCAAGUAGCAAGGGCAGACACAAUACUCUUAAGUGCUGUGGGCUUAGGAACACACUUGUACGAGAAUUAAGUGCCAACUGUCCAACUCAAACUACUCAUUUCUGAUGCUGUGCUUAACCUGAGUUAAUUGUACUACACAGACCCUGCAGCCAAACUCUCUCCCCUAACCCCUGUAGACGACAAGAACAAAUACAAGCUGAGUAAAAUACACCCUCAAGGGUUGAAAUAACUUCUAGUUUUCUGAAGCAGCUUAAGUGUAAUUCAGUAUUAUGUACAUCUCCACUUCACAUAACAAUACUGGGACUUACUUAACUGUCCAAAAUGCAAGAUCAAGCUUCCCAAGUUCACUACUUCAUAAACCAAUCUGAAACGGUAAAUUAAAGCUCCUGUGAGGACUCUUUGACUGGUUAUGAAAUAGACUUAAAUAAUUCUAAAGACUCUAUAUAACCUACGAAAGGAACAAGACUGCCAACAACACUAUUGAUCAUUUAUAAAAGUACACAGCGAUAUGCUUGUUUAAAGACAGCAGGAUGAGAUGUUCUGUCAGAUCAGCAGAGAGGUAGGAGGUUCAGCUUUGUGCGCCAAAACUAGUGACACAUGAAGGUUCCUUACAGGAGCUUUAAUAGCUCCCAAAAGAGUUUGCAGACAAUAAAUUCUUCUUGAAUGAUGUAAAUCAGUCGCGUACACAGAGAGUUACACUAUGCUGCCAAUACAAAUGGUUCAGAUCUUUGAUGCCACCUUGGAUGUCUUAUAGAUGCUUCAGGUAACCAUGGUUUAAGAACGGUGAAACAGAACUGAUUAUAGGUUAUUUAUCUUGUGACAACUGCAAGAAAUACAACAGUGCAGUGCCAAUGUAAGUCAGAGCUACACAGACUAAAGCAGCUUUACACCAAGGCUUCAGAGGACUUCUCAUCGUCAGGGUCUGCAAACAGAGCUGCUUUGGCUCAGCUUGUGUCAGGAUGUCGUACUAUUUGUCAAGGUUAAGAUUCCUUCAGUGUUCACUAACCUCAAGAUUUGAAAUAGAAGCCAAACAAGCCAAAGAGGCCUCCUCCUACUCUUCAGAACAAACAGCUCAGGAAAUUUGAACAGGUGAAAACACUAAUCUAGAAAUGAAGUGUCGCUAUCUUUGGCAAACACUAUAAAGAGAGAGAGAUACAAGAAGACAAGUUCUUUAAGAUAGUUAUUAGUGAUGGUUUAAUCUAAUGAAAUCAAAAGUCAAAUUAGAGAAUCACAGCUCUUUUGUAUUCAUUAAAGAAAGCCUAAGCAGACAUCCAUACAUUUAAUUGUACUCUGUUUCCUGUGAUGGAAAGUCAUUUCAAGUUUGUUUUCUCAAGAUUUAUGUUGUUACCUCGAAAUAAAUCGAAUCAAUAAAAACCCUGUUUCCCCCAUGAUACUGAUUUAUUUUCUCCAGGUCUUGAGAAAACAACAGAAAUGAACUCGUUAUAACGGGAAAACGUUGUAAUCCUGAAAUAACCAGAUCAUUAAGUCAUGAUCUCGAGAAAAUGUACAAAGUUUCCUCGAUAGAAAAAAGGGAGUAAAAUAAAAUGUAUCGAUGCAUGUCCGCUUAAUGCUUCUGUAAAUAAUUUUAUUCUUGCUUUUGUUCUUUUUUUUUUGAAGGAAUUGUUCCAUUUCAGACUCUUAACAUCAUUACAAGAGAAAAGGCAAAGUGGGACAAUGUACAAUAUGCUGAAUUAUCAGAAAAAAAAAAAAAAAUGAAGGAUUUGAGUAUGUGAUCAGAAAAUGUAUCCAAACAAAGGCAUGGUUCCUCCUGCCUUUAAGAUAAUUAAUUAAUUAAUUACACUAUGUUGGAUGCUAUGAUAUGCUGAUGGCACCCCCUACCCUACCCCCCCCCCCCCCCCCCCCCUAUUCCUUGAAGUGCUUGACCACAGGUUAGUGCUGUAGAGUUUGGCUGCAGGAGCGAGAGGGCUAAUGAUGAAGCUGAGACUUAUUUGAUACUGAUGCAGCAUCUGCUCACUGUUCUGCAGGUGAGCCAAUGAGCACUUGAAAUAAUUUGCAAGAUUUUUCUUUUGUGUUUGAAGGGGAUAUAGUUCUUUUGUUAUCUAUUUUUACAGGAAUCAUUGACUCAUUCAAAUAUUAUUUCUUUGUAACUAUUCAGGUAUUAAGACUGAGAUGCUGCAAUCGUUUACAUGUGAAAUAUUGCACCUGUUUUUACUGAUUAAAAUUCUUUCACCUUA